AUGUUAGGGGAGGGGAUUGCUCUGCCUCAACUGUAUAGAAAAGGAGGAGGAAACAAGGAUGGCGGAGUCACACCUCUGAAGCACAUGCAAAAGAUGCCUCUGGUGACCUUUCUCGUAUGAACUCUGUUGAACUGGGUGGAGGGAUCGUACUGCCAUUCAGACAAGCAUGUGGCUGGAGCAGCCCACUGCACUUCCGCUCCAUCUGAAGCUCCUCGCUCCGGUGGUGCUUUAAACCCCCCCUCUCCCACACCCCCCCUCCUCCCCAACACGGGACCAGCUCUCCCUCCAUCGCUCUCUCGAUGUCUACACAGGUAUGUCUGAAGGCCUGCGCGUAUGAGAACCUCUCCCUUUGGUCCAGCACCAGUCUAACUGUCCUGUAACAGACCCAACGUGAGCACAAGAGACAGACUCUGGGCUCCCAUGAGCAAGAGGGCAGCAGGGGUGCCGUCACCAUGAGCAGUACUUUAGGCAAAGACAAAGACUCGAAGGAGAAGGACCCCAAAGGUCCCUCCUCUGGGAAAGAAAGGGAAAAGGAGCCCAAGGGCCUGGGGGGCUUCAGCAAAGACGGCAAGGAGAGCAAGACCAAAGGGAAAGAUGCCAAAGACGGGAAGAAGGAUGCCGGCGGGACGCCUUCAUCCGUGGCCUUCUCUGUGAAAAACACCAUCGUGCGGCCCAACCCCGCCACGGGCACCCGCAAGAAGUCCAGCAACGCCGAGGUGAUCAAAGAGCUGAACAAGUGCCGCGAGGAGAAUUCCAUGCGCCUGGACCUGUCCAAACGCUCCAUCCACCUGUUGCCCAAUUCCAUCAAGGAGCUGACGCAGCUGACCGAACUUUACCUGUACAGCAACAAGCUGCAGAGCCUGCCGCCCGAGCUGGGCUGCCUGUCCGGCCUGGUGACGCUGGCCCUGAGCGAGAACUCGCUCACCAGCCUGCCCGACUCGCUGGACGGCCUGAAGAAGCUGAAGAUGCUGGACCUGCGGCACAACAAGCUGCGGGAGAUCCCGCCGGUGGUGUACCGCGUCGGCUCGCUCACCACGCUCUACCUGCGCUUCAACCGCAUCACCACGGUGGAGAAGGACAUCCGCAACCUGUCCAAACUCACCAUGCUGAGUAUCCGCGAGAACAAAAUCAAGCAGCUGCCCGCCGAGAUCGGGGAACUGUGUAACCUCAUCACGCUGGACGUAGCGCAUAACCAGCUGGAACACCUACCUAAAGAGAUUGGUAAUUGCACACAGAUCACUAACCUUGAUUUACAGCACAACGAGCUACUGGACCUCCCUGAGACAAUAGGCAAUCUGUCAAGCAUAAAUCGCUUGGGUUUGCGGUACAAUAGGCUGUCAGCAAUCCCUAGGUCAUUAGCCAAGUGCAGAGAGCUGGAGGAGCUGAACCUUGAAAACAACAACAUCUCAGUGUUACCAGAGGGGCUUCUCUCUAGCCUGGUGAACCUGACAAGCCUGACUCUGGCAAGGAAUUGCUUCCAGUCGUACCCAGUGGGAGGACCAUCGCAGUUCUCCACCAUCUACUCGCUCAACAUGGAGCACAACCGCAUCAACAAGAUCCCCUUCGGCAUCUUCUCAAGGGCCAGAGUGCUGAGCAAGCUGAACAUGAAGGACAACCAGUUAACUUCCCUCCCUCUUGACUUUGGAACCUGGACAAGUAUGGUUGAGCUGAACCUGGCCACCAACCAACUGACCAAGAUCCCGGAGGACAUCUGUGGCCUUGUGUCUUUGGAGGUCCUUACAUUGUCCAACAAUCUCCUAAAGAAGCUGCCUCAUGGCAUCCGAAACUUGCACAAGCUCCGAGAGCUGGAUCUAGAGGAGAACAAGUUAGAGUCUUUGCCCAAUGAGAUCGCCUACCUUAAAGAUUUACAGAAACUGGUGUUGACUAAUAAUCAGCUGACCACGCUGCCCCGAGGCAUCGGCCACCUCACCAACCUGACCCACCUGGGCCUGGGAGAGAACCUCCUGCAGCACCUGCCAGAGGAGAUUGGUACUCUGGAGAAUCUUGAGGAGCUGUACCUGAAUGACAACCCCAACUUGCACAGUCUGCCCUUCGAGCUGGCACUCUGCAGCAAGCUGUCCAUCAUGAGCAUUGAGAACUGCCCUCUCAGCCACCUACCCCCACAGAUCGUUGCCGGAGGCCCCUCCUUUAUCAUCCAGUUCUUGAAGAUGCAGGGCCCCUAUCGCGCCAUGGUCUAAAGGCACCCAAACCCAUGUCUGACACUGUAUACCAACAACAAACAAACAACGAAAGUAUCCAAUAAGACCACAGAAAACAGAAUGUCAAAAUGGUCCUACCCAGUUCAGAGCUGUAACGCAUUGCCAGUGGCAUCUGUGGAAAAGAAGGCUAAUUUUCCCAAGGCUGUCACCAUAUAGCGCAGCCUGCUUGUGAGGAAGCAGAGCCGUUUAGGUCUCCGCGCCCGACGCCCUCAUCUACACCCAACAACCUUGAGAAUUGACAAUUCCCUUUGCCAAAAUUUAUGAUGUACAGUAGUAUGUUUUAGUUGAGCGGCUGUCAUUUAUGAUAUGAAACAUAUUGCCAAUAUAUUUAACAGUAAUUACAGUGGUAUAAUAGAUGAACAAGAGUACAACUGUAUGCAAAACAAAAAUACUUUCAUCUGUUUUAUUUUUUUGCUGCUGCUGCCAUAAUCCAUAAUGUUUUCAAGUUUUCUUACCAUUUUAUUUUUCAGUCCCAUUUUUGUAAAACCACUCCUUGACUAAAAAACUUUGUUUUAGAGUGCAGAUGGAUUGUUGGACUAUACAGAACAAAUAUCAAUGUUGGUGUUAAAAUUUUUACAUUUAAAAAAAAAAAAAUUGUGCCUAUCCAGUAUAGUUAACUGGUUAAUUUCUUAAAAAUAAUUGUCAAUGGUUACAAAGCUAUGAUUAUACAUAAGUAUAAUUUAUUCAGCGUUUCCUUAUUGUAUUUUUAAUUAUUGUUUCAUAUGUUGUUUUGUUUGUUUGUUUUUUUAAUCUGUUUUCCAAUAUUCAUUCCCUUCUUGCAGGCUGGUUCAGCAGAGUCUGCUGUUCAGAGCCAAGCAGUGUGCGCGUGAGUCACACAUUGUACAAAUUAAAUCUUGCUCUUGUCCUAGUGAGCAACUCAUUACUGCUACAUUUCUGACUUCUGAGUUGAUUUGACUGCAAAACCGUAGAUAUGGACGUUGGCCUCUUCCCGACGAGAGAUGCCCAAUUCAGUCGGGUUGCAUAUUUCAGUGCCUCUCCCAAGAGAGAUGUGUAGAAGCUUUGGGGAGGAGCUAGAGAGAGAGAGAGAGAGAGAGAGAGGCUGCGAGCAUCCCUGUGUUUGUUUGUUUGUAUGUGGGCUGAUUGUUGCUUUGAGUGCACAGUGCUCCUGAUGUUUACGCCACCCACCCACCCACCCCCCCAAAUCCCACCAUAUCUCCAGUGUUUGGCUACAGUAACACAUUUGAAAUUCACAUUUUAUUAGAGCCAUCACUACAAACAUAUCAGCCACACAGUGAAGGAGGGUUGCAGAUAUAUAAAGCAAUUAAAGUGAGGUAUGCCAAAAAAGAAAAACAAUGAAGAAAUGAUUCCAAUUCCCUGUUCUUUCUGCCCGUGUCAGUAAGUGGUUUCUAAUUCAGUCAGGUUUUUCUUGUUUUGUUUUGUUUUGUUUUGUUUUAACCCUUGUGGUUAAAGCCUCAGCUGUGCAUGUUGGGAUCUGACGCUUCUGCAGCUUUUUACCUGUUGAUUUUUUUUUGUCCCACACUGUCCCAUGAUGCUGCUGGUCUUAUGCACUUUUUAAUGAUGUUGGCAUCCUCCUCCUCCUCUCGUAACGAUCAUGAUGUGUCCAGUCACAGAUUACAUGUCUAAGCGGGGGGGCUUUUAUGUUUCCUUGUGAAGUGUUUCUUUUGUUUUGAACUUUUAUGUAUAUUUUUAUGUCAAAAAGAAUAUAUAAUUUUUUUCCUUAACAGAUUCUUUUUCUUUUUUUUUUUUUUUGAGUAAAAAAAAAAGUUCUAGAGUUUAAUUUUAAUUUUGGGGCAGAAGUAUCCUCUUGAUUACAAAUGUAAACUUCAACUGUAUGUUGAAGUAGUCAUAUAUGUUUAUAUACCUUGAGAAACCCAUAUCUCCUGUACUCUUAAUUUUCUAAGUAUUGUUAUUCAGAUCCCCAAUAUUUUAAUUGUUUUGUAAUUAUUAUUUCCCUAUUUUCUAAUGAGAGAAUUUAAGUCUUCAUUUAGUAUUAUAUCAAGAGACUGUACAUUAAAAUCCCAUUUUAGUUUAUCAAACCAAAUGUUUUGUAAAGGUGUUACAACCAGAAUUUGUAUUCAAUAAUGUUCCUUUUUUAUUUUCCUUCACGGACUUUCUUUCUCUUCUUUCAUCAUUUCUUUUUUCUUUUCUUUUGUAUUUUAUUGGCAGCAGCGUUGAAUGGGUUUAGAGUAUGACUGGUCACUGGCUGGUUUAUGUAAAGGCACUUCUUUUUCUUUCUCUAAGCCUUGUGUGGCCAGGACAGUCCACCCCGACCCCCACCCCCUACCCCUGCAAGGGGGAGAAGUUACCGAUGUGACCGCUGCUUCUUAUGGACCAGCAGAACCCAGUUGCUGCUUUCAUGGACUUUUGGAAAACAUAUGCUGUAAAACAUGAAAAAAAGAAACAAAACAAAAAAAACAACAAAAAAGCAAACAAAUGAAGACAAAGCAAAACAACAAAAAAAAAAACGUUUCAAAUUCCUACAAGACCACCAGUUAUGCAGACUUGACUGAGUCUGGGACAAUUCCAGUGACUGGACACAAGCAGAAAGGGUGGUCUUCGAACAGUGAUCAAAUCAUUUGGACCUAAGAGGUUAAAAAAGGUGCGUAAUUGAGCCUAAAGUUACAUGACAGACUUAAAAAGCAUAAAAAAAGGACAUAAAACAUCCACCACACACACAACCAUGUAAAAAGGGCUUUCUCUGUUCCUGCUAAACAGUACACCAGAGGCAUUGCAUUCCUGGUUUUGUAUAAAAGCUUCAAAUGUACAUUAGAUUUUUGUGUAAUUACCAUUAGCUGUUCAUAACAAAUGGAUAUUAUAUAAAAUAAAUAAAUGCCUUUAACGAGAACGUCAAGCAAGAUGUGCAUUAGGGUAUGCAGUGGAGAUGCUGUGUCCCAUUCAACCUUAUAUUUCUUUUUCCUUUUUGUCAUUUGUUUUUCUCCUUAAAUCUAUGUGCCAUUGCAGUGGAGUAGUAACGCAGGCCGAGACUGGCCACGUUGGGGGGUGGGAUUCAAGGGAACCUGAUGUGUUCUCACUGAGGAAGCAUUUAUCAAAAACCAGGAAUGUAAUUCAAUAAAAAAUGUGCUUUGUUUUUAAGUUUUGAGUGGUGAUGGUGAUUCCUCCCAGUUCCAAACUGCUAGGUGGUGCUGUCCAGGUGAUUUCCGUCUUGUGUGUCCACAGCAUCAGGGUGAUGGCACUCGUGGGUCAGGGGUUCCUUCUCUAUAGUCUGUGAUUUUAGGUAAUAGAAAAAUGUUAGAAUCACAGUCAUCUGUUCAUGUCUAUCCCCUCCCUGCCCCCCACCCCCACCCCCCAACCCCAAAUUGUCUUGUAUGUGUUUCUUUCUUGCCUUGCAAUGUUGUAUAGGAAACAGCAUGUUAUUAUUUUUUUCUUUCUGGAGAAAUGAAAGUGAUUAUAUUCUGGGUCUGAGGAACGUUUGUGACUUCUUAUUGGCCAUUUUUAUUUUGAAGAUUUGGGAAAACUGAAUGGUGCAGAACUGCCUAACCCCUAUCCUUCUGAUAAGCAGCCUUAAAAGGUAUAAAUGUUUUUUAGUUUUUUUUCCUUCCUCAUAUCUUUGGUCACCUGGUGAUGGUCAUCUGGUGAGCAUUCUGUGCUCUGUGUUCUUUACCUUUUUGUUGUCGUUCUUUCUUGCUCUGCAUACACAUAGUUGAUGUUUCGAGCGACCGGAGACGCGUUCUCCCUCAAAGCCAGACAUGUGGGGCGUUUUUCAAAUAAACAUUCUUUUUGACUGCCUUACAUCUGCCAAGCAUUACCUUUGUCACGCCUGCUUAUCAGUCACUUGACUAUUUGUAUUCAGUAGAGGUAGACUGUCAGUCAAGCUAAAGCCAGAACUCAGCGGUGGGUUGACCGCUCUGUGUGAAACCAAAGUGGAGACGAGGGCAUCUCUGUUGGUCCCGUCCCCUGCUUUGGUGUUUGGCCUGGUCUGUGUCCUCCAUCUUUCUGUCCUGUCUGCUGACCUGUGUCCACCAAACCAAUACUGGACAGAAUGAGCGGUUUUGUAGGUAGACCUCCUUUGUCUUAACACUGACAAAAGGACUCUUAUUGUGGGUUAAAUAUUCAGACACAGCUACCUCUUAGUAAGUCUGCAUCGCUGGGAAAGGAUUUUGAUAUAUGCCGUCGUAACAAUGUGUGCUUCUUCUUGCCCAGAAAGAAUUGGAAACCUGAAUGGUGAUACUACUCAGACCAGUGACCCCAACCCCCCCCCCCUUCAUUGUGAUGUACAAAAUCUUCACUGAAUAAUAUAUUACGAAUAGGAGGCAUCAAGAAGUAUGCUUUAUUAUUUUCAACAAAAAAUCAACCAACAACAAACUUCCUUGUAAUUUCUAAAAUCAAGAACUCUGCAGACCCAAACUACUUGCAAAAUAUGGCACUUGCCAAGGCAACUGACCACGUUUAUUGUUCUUCUGUUUGUAAAUAAGUCUUUUAAUUGUAAUAAACCUAUAAACAUUUACAGAUUGAAGAUUGUGAUACAUGGUAUCCCGUAGCAGUUUUUUGUUCUUUUCUUUCUUUUUUCUCCUUUUUGCUGUUGCACCACCUAGGCCAAACUUCACUUGUGUCAUACCGCCCCCAUCUGAAAAUAAGUGCAGGUCUUAGAUUAUAACAUGCUUUAUUUUCACAUUCUUGGUUUGUACUUAUUUUAUUUGAACUGCUCUGGAAAAAAGAAGCAAAAUUAAGCCAAGUUUGCAGUGAUUUGCACAUACAGAAGGCAGUUGGACACAGUUACUAAUGUUGAUCACUAAUGAAUGUACAUAUUGUAAGUUGUCCAACAUCCACUGAGAAGCAAAAUACUGCUGUUAGGUUUUUUCUGUUCCUCUUGCCUUUGUGUUAAAUUCUCCCAAUCUUUUUCCAGGGCUGAUCUGUCCAUUUGAAUGCCCAGCCAAAACUUAAAUGAUUCAGAGGGUCUGUUCAACUCCAAAACCAUUUUCUGACAUGUUCUUCUCCUUGUGCUGUGCCUUUUACAACAGAAAAGUGGGCUAUUCUUUAUGUUUCUUUACAGCAUUGAAGAGUAAUUCCUUAAUGGUGUCAUGAAUACAACCAAUCCAAUCACUAUAAUUUUUUAAAUAUUUGUACCCUUGUCAUGCGUGCACAUUGCAUUCUGGGUUUUCUUUUGACAUUUUGAAGGCUGAUUCGACAUAGUGUGGGCUUUCUGAAUAUGUAAUACCUGUACUUUUAAAUCCAAGUAAUUGUAAUGUUCCGUUCAUGUUACAUCAAUAUAAAGAGAUGAUUGCCUUGUCUUGAUUUAUUAA